UUCAGACUGGUGAAUCCUUCCAAGGGUCAUUUUGUCUGACAGUUGUACACGACCGAGUGUAAGAAUGCUCAUAUAUUUAACCUACGUGCUGCUGUUUACGUACCUUGCUUUGCCUGGAUUGUUACUUGGAGAUUUGGUUUUCAGAUGUCCUAGUUGUAGCGCCGAGCGUCUAGCUCUAUGUCCCAAAGUCACGGAACUAUGUGCAGAGAUAGUGAGGGAGCCAGGCUGUGGCUGCUGCCCUGUGUGUGCCAGGCAGGAGGGCGAGCUGUGCGGGGUCUACUCCCCGAGGUGCUCCAGUGGCCUGAGGUGUUACCCGAGUGCAGAGAGCGACACUCCUUUGCAGCAGCUCAUCCAGGGUUUGGGACGAUGUGGACAAAGAGUGGAGUUGGAGGUCACGACUGUCAUAGAGGAAACAAAUGUGGUCCAAGUCUGGCCGUAUUGCCCUGGAGGUGAUCCUCUGCUGAGACAUGCUCCUGCUCCUUCACUCACUCUCUCAGAGGUGCAUGGAACUGAGAAUCCGCUCACAAAAAGACCUGUUGUUGAUGCCUUGAUAUGGCUGGAGUUGGCCAGGAAGCAGAACGAGCGCAGAACCAAGAUGAAGUUUAACCAACUGGAAGAGCCACAAAUCCCCAAAAUGCCUCAGAGCGCCUGUCAGCAGGAGCUGGACAGAGUCUUAGAAGAGAUCUCCAAAAUGACCUCGGAGGAUAACAGAGGCCCCCUGGAGAACCUGUACCAGCUCAAAUUUCCAAACUGUGACAAACAUGGACUGUACAACCUCAAACAGUGCAACAUGUCCACCCAUGGCCAACGGGGCGAGUGCUGGUGUGUUGACCCCUUGACCGGGGUCCAGAUUCCAGAAACGCCCAAAGUCAGAGGGGACCCCAACUGUAACCAGUUUCACGAGGAGCUCAGAGUGAUGCCCACCGCAACAGCGUCACUCUAACACAGUCCAGCACAUGUGACAGGGUUGGGUUCUCCUCCAGGCUAAGGGAGGAUUUUUCCCUUUAUAUGUUUAUUCUCACAACAUUUAAAGAAGUCAACAUUUUUAAAGGUAUUGUCUCUUUUGAAGGUACAGUGUAUAAAACUAGGAAUAUUAGUGACAUCUAAAGCCCAGCUCAUUCCAAAAACAUUAACUACUGGACCAGACUGUUUUAGAACGCCACAACUGUCUGAAGUGGACCGCCGCAGCUCAAACAAAGCUGUCUGAUGAUGUUGCCAGCAAGUUGUUUUGUAUGAGAUAAAUCUCAUUUUGAAAGGCUAAAAACACCAACAAUAACUGUUCAAAGUAGAAUGUUUUGUUUAAUAAAAUCAUGCUUUGAAUAAAUUUGAUAGUGUCCUCUCCAUAAGCUAUCUACAUACACUCCCUUCCAAAAGUAUUGGAACAGUGAGGCCAAUUCCUUUUUUUUUGCUGUCGACUGAAAACAUCUGACAUCAAAAGAUGAAUAUGAGACAAGAGAUCAGCAUUUCAGCUUUUAUUUCCAGGUUUUUACAUCUGGAUCGGAUACACAACUUAGAAGAGAGCAUUAUUUGUAACCAGGUAAAAUGCAUGCUCUAUUGGGUUUAAGUCUGGAGAUUGACUUGGCCAGUCUAAAACCUUCCACUUCUUCCCCCUGAUGAACUCCUUUGUUGUUUUGGGUCAUUAUCUCGGUGCAUG